GUUAACUGUUAACAGUGCAGCAGGACAUCUGAACACACUUAGGAAAAUGACUCUUAGACCUACAAGCAUCCCAGACUACAGCACCACUAUAUCAUAUGGAAACAGUAACAACACCAAUGAGACUCAUUGUCCAGAUCACGAACUAUGGGAGUGGCUCACUGCACACCAACCAGUGUAUAUUCUGCUCAUCGCCGUGCUGGGAAUUAUGCUUAACAUGUUCAUUCUGACUGUCUUCUGCUUCCACAAGAAGGCGUGCACCAUAGCUGAAAUCUAUUUGAGCAACCUGGCUGCUGCUGACCUAGUCCUGGUGUCCUGUUUGCCCUUCUGGGCCGUCAACAUGCUCAAUGAUUUUAAAUGGCCUUUUGGUCAUUUCAUGUGCAAAGUUAUCAAUGUGGGAAUUAACAUGAAUGCCUACUGCAGCAUAUACUUUCUUGUUCUGGUUGGCAUCGAUCGCUAUGUGGCGCUGGUACAUGCGAUGUCACAUGGAAGAAUGCGUAGUCCAAAAUAUGCUAAACUAGGGUGUCUGCUGACAUGGGGUUUUGGCUUGCUUCUGAGUAUACCCGUGUUCAUCUUCAGGGAAGUGAGAUAUUUCCCUGAAUAUGGUACUGUGUGCUAUCUAAACUAUCCAUACCACAACGUACACGUUAUCUGUGAUGGGAUAUUGAUCAUUUUUAGCUUUGUUAUUCCCAUUUCAAUUAUCUCCUUUUGCACUUUUAAUAUUAUUCAGGCUUUGAAAUUGCAAGCAAUUGAGAGGUUCAAUGCUGAAAACACAGAACGAAAGGCCACCAUUUUGGUCCUGGCAGUCCUUGUAGCCUUCCUAAUUUGCUGGGUGCCAUACCAUGUAAUCACCAUAGUGGAUGUGCUUUUACGAAGUGGGAUACUGGAAGGAUGUCACUUUGAACAUGCUGUGGACAUCAGCAUCCAGAUCUUCACUUACUUAGCCUUCUCUAACAGCAUUCUUAACCCGAUCCUAUACGUUAUUGUAGGAAAGAACUUCCGGAAAAAAGUCAGAGAACUCUUCCAGCAGUGGGGCCACCAGAGGAAAACCUUAACUGACUCCACACGUUCAAACCUGUCCUCCACAUUGAAAACUUCUGUAUAAAAUGCUGUCUGCAAAUUGCUUUUUGCACACAAA